UCGGAGCCACGAGCACCACUUCGCGGAGCCGGUUCGCUAACAUCUCUUCAAGGUGGAUACCGUCACGACCCAUAACAACAAGCCAGAACCAGAAUCGCCAUCCCUGCCUCCGAUGGCGAUGAGCGAGAUCCGCAACGUCGCGUUCGAGGUCCAGUCGCGCUUCGAGACCUGGGACGACGCGUACUGGGGCUGCGUGCUGCCCCACCUCCGUCGGACUUUCCCCAGCAUGAAGACGCUCUCCCCCGUCCUCCUCGAACAUGACCAGAACGGAUUCGACGUCGUCACGGGAUGGCCGCGUCAGUCGCCGUGGCUGCGAGAUGGAAGUGACGCCGUCGGCCAAGGGUUCGAGGUUCGAGCUGCGCCCAUUACGGGACUUGUUCCCGUUCGCGGCGGAGUACGAAACAAUGAGGUAUGGGCCACUUUCUCCGCCCGGAUUGAAAGGCUGCGGAGAGAAACUCCAGGAUGUGAAGGUUUGGAGGUUGUCAUGCAGCUGGCUGAGAGGGACUGGACUCCUCUCCGGAAGCCAUGGACAAAUCGCAAGACGCCAAUGUCUGUCAACCGACAAGUAUUGGGACUGAGCAGCAUAAAUGGAGGAUCGUGUUGGGAGCCCCAAUCCAACUGGAUCUGGGGCCAUCGAUUCGAGAUGGCAGCUCGGUGAGACGAUAGAAUACGACGACAACAGGUCGUCGAUCAAGAAGAAGGUAAGUCAUUUGCCACUUUGGCAUAGAAAUUACAGGCCUGUGAUAAUGGCCUUCUGAUUGCUUGCGAAGCGAAGAAUAUAGAAUCGAGAAUAUACCGCCUGCGCUGCGCAACCG